AUGGCAGGAAGGCUACGAGAAAUGCGAUGUGAGUUGUCAUUCCUAAAAAAUGCAGACGGUUCGGCGUGCUUCUCACAAGGAUCUACAUGUAUUUGGGCUUCGUGCAGUGGACCAGGAGACGUACAUGCUUCAAAAGCAAAUGAGGAAGCAAUGACACUGGAUAUCAGCUAUAGAGCUAACUGUGGAGAUAACAAGUUCAGUGUGCUGAACAAUAUCAUCCAAUCGACACUUGCCAAGGCAAUCAAUCUGGAGCUUUUCCCUCAUACUGGUCUUGUUGUUACAAUUCAUGGAAUACAGGAUGACGGAAGUAUGGGAGCAGUUUCUCUCAAUGGUGCAUGUUUCGCUCUUCUCGACAAUGGAAUGCCAUUUGAAACAGUCUUCUGUGGCGUCCUGAUUGUCCGAGUGAAAGACGAACUGAUCAUUGAUCCAACAGCGAAACAAGAGGCUGCCUCAACUGGAAAAGUUCUUUUCGCUGUGUGCAAGGGAACUGACGGAUUCCCAGAAGUCUGUUCGAUGGACGUUAUUGGAAACUGGGAUUAUCUACAACUUGAAGCCGCCUGGAGUCUCGCACAACCGUCCGCUUCUGCGAUUUUCGAGUUCUACACGUCUGUGAUGAAACGGAAACAUUCCGUUGAUGAACAUUAA